AUGGCCCAGAAGCGCCGGAUCCGAGAGCUGGAGGAGGAUCGCAAGAUACUGCUGUACCUGGUCGAGGCCCUCGUGGGAGCCCUGGGAGAGAGGGGCCUGGAUGCUCACGUCAGGGAGCUUGUAUGUUUGGUCCGGAACAAGGCGCCGCUAGAGGAGAUCCGGCUCUUCGUGGGGCACGCGAGCUCUUCAUCGGACAAGAGUGAUGAGGAGACUGUUGCGUCGGAUGGUGUGGCUUUUAAGGCCAUCGACUGCGCGGCAUCGGACUGUCACGCCAGGGAUAUGAGCAGCAGCAAUGAAUUCCUUCCCGGUUCCACGCAAAUGGUACAGGAAAGCAGCACUUGUGCCAGACUAAGCAUACAAAACCUCAUCGACAGCACUGAAAUUGGGGAGGAAACAGAGACUUUCAUUUCAAGUAUACCUGACCUAUCAACAAGUCCUACCCCGGAGCCAAAUGUUUCGAGGAAACGGGUUGACUCGAGAGUGGAAGACAACGCCCUCGCCUCUGUGAAAGGGAUCAACGCGCUGAUGGACCAUCCGCACUGA